AAAUAAAGUCGUCUACUUCUUAAAGAGAGGAAGAGAGAGAAGAGAGAAGAGAGAGAGAGAGGUUGAGAGGAAAAAAAGGCUUGUCUCUUUUGUUUCUUUACAUUGAAUUCCAUUCUUUUGUUCUCACUCUCUCUCUCUCUCUCUCUCUCUCUCUCUCUCUCUCUCUCUUUAAUUAUCAGCGCAACAGCUUGCAAGCUCUCUUCAACUCAUAACCGACUCGCUCUCGCUCUCUCUCUCUCUCUCUCUCUCUCUCUCUCUCUCUCUCUCUCUAUGGGGAGGAUGAUCUUGUUAGCAGGAAACAGAAGGCGGUUUUGCCAUUAAUGGGGUUUUCAAGGGGUUUUAAUUUUGCAGAAGACGAGGAAGAAGAGAAAGGAGAGCAAAUAUUAUUGGAGACGAGGCUCUUGGCUUCUGCAAGAACUUCUUCUGCUUUCAUGGCUUCCAGUAUUCAAGGAAACAACCAACUUGAACAACAACAACAACAACAACAACAUCAUCAUCAUCAUCAUCAACAACAACACCAUCAAAUACAAGACCAUCAUCAUCAUCAACAUCAGCAGCAGCAGCAGAUUCAGUAUGGCAUGAUGCAGUCAUCAUCCUCCAAUAUUCCUGCUGGGAACUUCAUAAGCAAAGACAGUGGAGCUUAUGAUUUGGGAGAAUUAGAUCAAGCCCUUUUCCUCUACCUUGAUGGACAGUCACAAGACCAUCACAACUCAUCCUCAACUGCUACUACUACUACCACCCAUCAUCUUCAUCAGGACACCCAACGACAUCAUCAAAAUAACUCCUUAUCUGGAAUGAGGCCUCCAACUUUGAAUAUUUUCCCAUCGCAGCCUAUGCACGUAGAGCCACCAUCAACCAAAGCAGCUGGUACGGGAUUAGUUUCUCCUGCAGCAACGAGUGGUUCAAAGAGACCAUCAGAGCCGUCCAUGGAGUUGGCCAACCCUCGCAAUGAUGCUUCUGCUCCUGCUCCUUCGUCUCGCCCUCAAGAACCUGCCAAAGCUAUCAAGCGUGAGGGAAACCGCAAGGGUCCAACUACAUCAAGUUCAGAGCAAGAAGGACCCAAAACACCAGACCCUAAGACACUGAGAAGGCUUGCUCAGAAUAGAGAGGCAGCCAGGAAAAGCAGGCUUAGAAAAAAGGCUUAUGUUCAGCAGUUAGAGACAAGUAGGAUUAAGCUUACUCAGCUGGAGCAAGAGCUGCAGAGAGCUAGAUCUCAGGGCAUGUUCUUUGGAGGAGGUAUUGUAGGAGGAGAUCAACAAGGCCUUCCUCUUGGUAUGAACAGCAUUAGCUCAGACGCGGCAGUUUUCGACAUAGAGUAUGCAAGGUGGCAGGAGGAGCACCAUCGUCUCAUGUGCGAGCUUCGAGCAGCGGUGCAAGAGCAUCUACCGGAGAAUGAGCUGCGGCUGUUUGUGGACAAUUGCUUAGCACACUACGAUGAAGUGAUGAACCUCAAAAGCAUGGUUGCCAAGACAGAUGUGUUUCACAUUGUCUCUGGCAUGUGGAAGACUCCAGCUGAGCGAUGCUUCAUGUGGAUGGGUGGAUUUCGGCCCUCUGAGGUCAUCAAGAUUAUUCUGAACCAAAUUGAGCCAUUAACGGAGCAGCAACUAUUGGGUAUUUGUGGGCUACGACAAUCUACACAGGAAGCUGAAGAGGCUCUCUCCCAAGGGCUUGAAGCUCUCAACCAGUCUCUCUCAGACACCAUAACCUCCGAUUCAUUGAGCUGCCCUCCUAACAUGGCCAACUACAUGGGACAGAUGGCUAUAGCCAUGAACAAGCUCUCCACCCUUGAAGGCUUCGUUAGACAGGCUGAUAAUCUGAGGCAUCAGACGAUUCACAGGCUGCAACAAAUCCUGACGACCCGUCAAGCAGCUAGGUGUUUGCUGGCAAUGGCUGAGUACUUCCAUCGUCUCAGAGCUCUCAGUUCUCUCUGGAUGGGUCGUCCUCGACAAGAUCAGUCAUAAUUCAUAUCAACGAUCAUGGCUGGCUGGCUCCAAUGUCUCUUUGUCUCUUAAUUAGCUAUUAUUAAUUAACUAAUGUCAUCUUAAUUUGAAAUGAUGUCCCUUUUACCUCUUUCCUAGCUCUCUAGAGAGAUGUAUAGAUAGACAAUUUAAAAUAGAUUAAAUUCCAAGCAGUUGUAGAA